AUGGCUACCGAACAAUCUCCUGAGGCCAAGGAGUUGUCUCUUGUAGGCAAAGUGGAGAUGCGUAUAGCACUUGCAGAUGGCGAUCAGAAGUUGCAAGCCACUCUCAAUACCUACUUGGCACCCCUACUUCUUAAACUCGCCUCUGAGCAUAUGAGCGUUCGAAACAAGGUCAUCAGCAUCUGUCAACAUAUUAACCUUAGGAUAAAACCAGAGUCUAUCAAACUACCCGUUGCCGCUCUUGUUGAACAGUUCAAAUCAAAUCCAAACACACCACUCAUCCGCCACUUCGAUCUCCUGUACAUUCAGACCGGUGUCCGACGCAUGUCAUUUGUCGAAAGCACAGCUCUGUUCCCUGUCGUAUUGCAAAGUGUUGCUUCUGCAGGCAAGACAUCCCCUACUCAUGGAGCUCAAAUGUUUAACCUGCUCCUCCAGCUAUUGAAAUACUUCAAACUCCCUCCAAGAGGUACUAAGGAGGAUGAUGAGCUGCGUUCGACUCUCCGUCUCAGUACUGAAGAUACAUCAUUCUUGGCGUUUUGGUUUGGAAGGUUGAUAUUGUUCUCUGUGGUCAAGGGCAGCAGUAACACUGCCUCAGUAACUUGUCCCGGCCUCAGACCAAGCGAGUAUUCCUUCUUGACGUUGCAAAACAGAGAGGAUGUCUGGAGCCCUGCUUCUCCCAUGGGGCUCAACUUGCUCGAGACCAAGUCGAGCGUUGCCAAAGUUCUUGCAAGUGGAAUGUUCACAGACACGGAGCGUGUUCUGCCUGCUUUGUUCGCUUCUACUGAAUCAACUUCCGAGAUCGGUGAGGAUAUGCUGAAGAGAACACUGCCCAACAUCUCACUCGAAGACUCAGACUUUGUCCAAUCUCUGUAUACCUUGUAUUUCGGCGAUGAAGGUGUCAACUCACAAAAGAGAGUCCGAGUGCCACUACAGCUGAAAAUCCUUGGUUUGUUUGCAAAGUCAACAAUAAGCACCACAUUCACCGAACAAAUCGUCAGACUUGUCAAUGAUGGCAUUGCAAGCUCGAAUAACGACAACCCUUCUUCGCUCGGAAGAGAGGCAACAAAGCUUCGUGCGGCCAUCUUUGUCUACAUCAACUUCGUGUCUCGUUUUGGUAGUCAGGAAAGUCUUUACGCCAUUGCCCCACGUGUCCUCGGAAGAUUGCGAGAGUACAUCGAGGGACAGAGCUGGCCGAAGCCCAGUCAAAAUGAGGAUCUCGUCUCUCGUGGGUACGCCUACGAGGUAAUUGGCCUUCUGGCUAAAGCUGGUCCCAAAAACCUGGUAGUCGAGCCGAAUCUGGAUAUCCUUCGCUGGCUCUUAGAAUCCUUAGCCCUGGACACAACUUCAGGCUCGGUUACUGUUAGCAUCGAGGAGUCGCUCUCGAGUAUGCUGGGAGCGUUUAUGUACAAAUCUGGAACACCGCAACGGCGCAGUACUCGCUACGUCGCUGUCCGAUACGCCAACCGCUGCCUUCCUUAUGCCUCUGUGAAAGCUCGCUGGGUCAACCUGCUAGCCAUUGCUGCUGAGGCCACAGAUAGACAAGAAGUCAUCGAGGAAGGCAGACGUGGACUUAGCCCCUACUGGUACCGGAUGCUCAAUGGUUCGAUCGGCACUUCUCAAACAGAUGAAAGUGUCCAGUUUCCUCCUUUCCAAGACUUGAUGAAUUAUGUCUUCUAUCAAGUGAACACGGAUCUCACAGGCUUGUCUGAAGCCCGUGAUCCAGCAAAGGCGGUCGAACAACUUUUCCAGCGACACCCGAGCGCUUUCAUGGAUACUAUUAAAUACUGUCGCCGCGUGUUCAUGCACGACGCCAUGUCUAAGAGCUCAACCCAGGUUAAGCUAGAUGCUGACUGGGAAUACAAAUUCGAUACUGCUAUCGAGAAUGACGAGCAGAUCCGACGUACUGUCACAGAGCGCAUUGCACAGCUUGCCUCUGAAGGACGCAGUGCUGCCACGGACCUGCAGCUUAUCUUGCGGGCGUUCUCUGUCAGUGUAUUGAUUCGUGAGAACAGCAAAGUUAAGGUCGAAGACGCAGACAAACUAUUCCUCGAUCUUUGUGCUCUCAGUCCCGAUUCACUCGUCGAAACGGUUGCUCCACAGUUUGCUGGUCUGAUCCCAUCUGUUUUCUCGAACAAGCUCACUACAAGACAAUCUGCUGCCCACGCUUUCGGUCUGCUUGCUUCCCAUCCCAAGAACCAAGCCGAUCGCCCGGCAGAAGUGUUGCAGGUCGUACAACAGCUGUUGAGCAAGACCUCGAAUUGGCGUGAAGCUGUGGGAGCAGCAGCAAAUCAAGUCCAUGGUGCUGUGUCUGCCUUAGGUUUCUUCUACAGCAGAUACGCUUUGAGAGGUGGUAAUGACUUCGAGUCUUCAGCUCCAUUCUUGGAGUACAUAGCCAAUGUGGUGGAAAUUCUUCUCCAUUCCACAGACAAGAUUCUACAGGAGUCAAGCUACACUGCAAUUGGUGAUUUAUGCCUCUUCCAAGCAGUCAAGCCAACUAUCUUCGAGAAGUUGGGUGGAUUUAAAGCCAUCAUCGACAAGACGGCCGAUAUUGCCAAGGGAGGCAGUGAGAGUGCAGCACUGGCUGUCGGACAGAUGGCCACCGUACUCGAAGAAAUAGAGAUCGAAGUAACCUCCGAGGAGAAGUCACUCCUUGAGCAUACGUCUGAGCGUCUGCAUCAACUGCAUGAUAUUCGACAAGCCGAGACGCAUUUCUCGGUAGGUGAGGCUUUGAGCUACACAGCGGUCGGUUGGAGGUCCAAAGCUCUUGUUCACCGUAUUGACGUAGAGUCUUCGGUACCAACUGGACCCGAGCGGACAAAUGCCUUGCGCAAGCUGCUUGACAGGACGCUUGAAGAUUGCAAGCAAACUAAGCCUUCGCUCAAGAAAGCAUCAGUAAUCUGGCUGCUAUGUCUAGUGCAAUUCUGCGGUCAUCUGCAAGAGGUGCAGAGUCAAUUGGCCGCCUGCCAGGUUGCCUUUAAGAAGUGUCUUUCUGAUCGUGACGAACUGGUCCAGGAAACUGCUUCGAGAGGCCUUGGUCUUGUUUACGAAAAGGGAGAUAGAAGCUUGAAGGAUGAUCUGGUCAGAGAUCUGAUCGGAUCUUUCUCUUCUGACAACAAGGCACAGCUUGCUGGAAGCGUCACUGCCGAAACGCAGCUCUUUGAGCCUGGAGCCCUCCCGACCGGUGAUGGGUCUGUGACCACCUACAAAGAUAUCAUGAGUCUCGCUGCGGAAGUUGGAGACUCCAGUCUGGUAUAUCGAUUCAUGUCUUUGGCAUCUAGCAAUGCUAUCUGGUCUAGUAGAGCCGCAUUUGGCAGGUUCGGGCUCAGCAACGUCUUGUCAGAUUCGAGUGUCGACGGCUAUCUCGCCAGCAACCCGAAGCUAUAUCCCAAGCUCUACCGAUACAGAUUUGAUCCUAACCCUAACGUUCAAAGAUCCAUGACUGAUAUCUGGAAUGCACUGGUCAAGGACUCUACAGCAACCAUUGAUUCGCACUUUGACGCCAUCAUGGACGAUCUCCUGUUGAACAUUCUCGGCAAAGAAUGGCGAGUCCGCCAAGCUUCAUGCGCGGCGAUCGGUGAUCUCGUUCAAGGUCGGCCUCUGGAAAAAUACGAAAGGUAUCUCGAAAAGAUCUGGGGAGUCUGCUUCAAGGUGCUUGACGACAUCAAAGAAUCGGUCAGAACCGCUGCAGCGUCUCUGGCUCGCGUUCUGACGGGCAUCCUCACGAGAUCGCUCGAGGCGGACUCCAUGGCAUCGAAGAAUGCUGCCGUGUUGCUCAAGAAUGUUCUCCCUUUCCUGAUGUCCACAUCUGGCAUCGAGUCGAGCGCCGAAGAGGUUCAAAGCUUCUCUCUGCACACGUUACUGGAGAUCAUCAAGAAGGCUAGCGGCAAGAUCUUACGGCCGUUUAUCCCUGAAUUAGUCGAACGUCUGGUGGGUCUCUUGAGUAUACUUGAGCCGCAAGCUGUCAACUACCUGCAUCUUAAUGCAAGCAAAUAUAACCUUACCGAGCAGAAAAUUGACGACAUUCGUCUAUCAAGCAUUCGUAGCAGUCCUCUGAUGGAAGCUAUCGAGCGAUGCCUCGAUCUUCUGGAUGAACCUUCUAUGGAACAACUUCAACCCCGUCUCGAAACUGCCAUGAAGGGCGCAGUGGGUCUGCCUUCGAAAGUUGGUUGCAGUCGUGUCUUGGUUUCCCUCAGCACACGGCACAACGUGCUUUUCAAGCCCUACGCAGAUCAAUUCUUGAAAUUGAUCGAGAGGCAAGUCAUCGAUCGUAACGAAACCGUGUCUAGCUCGUACGCUGCCUCGGCAGGCUAUGUCGCUCGUGGAGCAUCAGACAAACAGAUACUCCGUUUAGCCAGCUUUGCCAGAACAUUGUACUUCAAGAGCGAAGGAGACCGCGAGCAAUCGGUACCACGCCAAAGCAUUGCGGCUGCGGAGAUCAUACAAGCAAUCUCGAAACAUGCAAACGAUCGGUUUAACUCUCUUGCAUCAGAUCUCUUACCUUUCAUCUUCUUCGGCAAGCACGACUCCCACGAGCAGGUUAAAGAGAUCUUCCGUAACACAUGGGAAGAUAACGUUGGAGGCAGCCGAGCCAUCUCGCUAUACCUCAAGGAGAUCCUUGCGAUGGUCCAAGAGCAUAUGGAGUCGCCGCAAUGGGUAAUUAAGCAUACAGCCGCCCGGUCAGUUGCUGAUGCCACGACGGCCCUCGCCUCCAUGAGUAGUGGAUUCGAUAGUGCGUCCAGUCAAUUGGUAUGGCCUGUUCUUGAGAAAGCCCUAGCUGGAAAGACGUGGGACGGCAAGGAGACAGUACUCUACGCAUUCGCCAAGUUCGUGGAGAGCACCAAACACAUCUGGUCGGCCGAAGAUGCCAAUGCGAAGACAUUCGUUAAGGUAAGUGACGUUACUUGUCAUUAA